AUGAUCGAUAAUUAUUUUAAUUAUUUAUCUCAAAGAUAUGAAUAUUAUUUAUCAAGAAGAGAUGAAAGAGUUUUAAAUUGGCCAUUAUUAAGUAGACCAAAUGAAAUGAUCUAUUUAAUUAUUGGAUAUGUAAUAAUUGUCAAAUUAGGUCAAAAGAUAAUGAAAAAUAAAAAACCAUUUGAAUUGAAAUAUCCAUUAAUUAUUCAUAAUGCAGUUUGCACAUUAUUAAGUUUAUAUAUGACAAUUGAAAUUGCACAUCAAGCAAUUUCAAAUGAUUAUUCCCCAAUAUGUAACCCAGUUGAUUAUACUGAAAAAGGAAUUGGUAUGGCUAAAGUAUUAUGGUUAUUCUAUUUCUCAAAGUUUAUUGAAUUUAUGGAUACAUUUUUUAUGGUUUUAAGAAAAAAAGAUAAUCAAAUCACAUGUGGUGGUGAUAGCUUUUUAUCAGCAAUGGUUAAUUCUAUUAUUCAUACCAUUAUGUACAGUUAUUACACUUUAGCAUUAUUUGGUAUUAAUGUUUGGUGGAAGAAAUAUUUAACUCAAAUUCAAUUAAUCCAAUUUGCUGUAAAUUUAAGUGCAUCAGCAUAUAGUAUCUAUUAUGAUUGUAACUUUAUUAAGUUCAUGCAUUGGUGUAUGAUAGUUUAUAUGUUGGGAUUUUUGGUAUUAUUUGGUGCUUUUUAUAAAAAUAGUUACCCAACUAAUAAUAAAUCCAAUACUCAUAAUAAAUAUAAACCAAAAAAAAUUGAAUAA